GAAACAGAUAUCCCAUCAGCACCAGGAAGCAGUGAUUAUGGUAGCGCCGAUUUUGAUUACACUUAUGGAGAUGAUCGUAGGUUUAUAUUUGAUGGUGCCAGUCAACUGGAAGAUUCUCUGAAAGAAAAUCAAGAUGCGGACAGUGGUAUUGGAACUCUCGAUUGGUCUGAUCAGUGCAAAAAAGCAUUAAAAACACUUCUGCGAAACUCUAAUGGCUGA